GAAAGGACUUAAGAAGCUGCGUGCAGGGGAGUGUCUGCUGCGACAAGGACCGCAGCCAUGGAGGCCAGAGCCACCUUGGAGCCCGACGUGGUCGAGGUGCUGCCUCAGCACAGGUUCGACCGCGCGUCCUUGGAGACCUACCUGCACCGACACCUGCCUGGCUUUGGGGCCGAACCCGGGACCUCGCUGACCGUAGCGCAGUACAGAUCUGGGCAAUCCAAUCCAACCUUUUACUUGCAGAAGGGCCUCCAGGCGUAUGUCCUCAGGAAGAAACCGCCGGGCACCCUUCUGCCCAAAGCUCACCAGAUUGAUAGAGAAUUUAGAGUCCAGAAGGCCUUAUCUUCUGCUGGAUUCCCUGUCCCCAAGCCUUUACUGUACUGCAGUGACACUUCUGUCAUCGGGACGGAAUUUUAUGUGAUGGAGCACGUGCAGGGCCGGAUCUUCCGUGACCUCACAGUUCCAGAAGUGAGCCCUGUGGAACGCUCAGCCUUGUACGUGGCCAUGAUAGAGACUCUGGCUCGGCUGCAUUCCUUGGAUGUCCGUUCCUUGCAGCUGGAAGGGUACGGAGCAGGUCCUGGGUACUGCAGGAGACAGGUGUCAACGUGGACAAAGCAGUAUGAGUCCACAGCCCACCAGGACAUCCCGGCCAUGAGGCAGCUGUCGGAGUGGCUAAUGAGGAACGUGCCAGAAGAUGACCAUGAGCAGAUGCUGAUUCAUGGCGAUUUCAGGCUAGAUAACAUCAUAUUCCACCCCACAGAGUCUCGGGUUCUGGCCGUGCUGGACUGGGAGCUUUCGACCGUCGGCCAUCCGUUGUCAGACUUGGCUCAUCUUUCACUGUUCUACUUUUGGCCACGAACAGUUCCAAUGAUAAAUCAAGCUUUUCAUAUCCAAGAAGGCAGAGGAAUACCAACACUGGAAGAACUGAUUUCAGUAUAUUGCCGCUGCAAGGGAAUUAGUUCUUUUCUCCCUAAUUGGAAUUUCUUUCUUGCCCUUUCAUAUUUUAAAUUUGCUGCGAUUGCCCAGGGAGUAUACAGCAGGUACCUUCUGGGCAACAAUUCUGCUGCCGACAGUUUCAAGUUUGCCAGUAUCGUGGGACCCCUGGCAGAAACCGGAUUGCACCUCUCCAGAAGAACUUUCAGUACUGAAGCACCGCAGAUGGAUGCCACAGGGCAGCUGUUUUCACAGACUAGGAAAGGCCAGGAAGUUCUUCGCAGGGUGAAGCAGUUCAUGAAGGAGCACAUUUUCCCAAUGGAAACGGAGGUGAUCAAAUUCUAUGUAGAAAAUGAAAAUGUCAUGGAUAAAUGGGAAAAACCUCCAGUGAUUGAAAAACUCAAGGAAAUGGCCAAAGCAGAGGGCCUCUGGAACCUGUUCCUGCCAGCUGUCAGCGGCCUCAGCCAGGUGGACUAUGCCUUGAUUGCGGAAGAGACGGGAAAAUGCUUUUUUGCUCCAGAUGUCUUCAACUGCCAGGCUCCAGACACGGGGAACAUGGAGGUGCUGCAUCUGUAUGGAAGUGAAGAGCAGAAGCGCCAGUGGCUGGAACCUCUCCUGCAAGGGACCAUGGCCUCUUGCUUCUGCAUGACAGAGCCGGAUGUGGCUUCCAGUGAUGCCACGAAUAUUGAAUGCAGCAUCGAGGCAGAUGGCGACAGCUACGUCAUUAACGGCAGGAAAUGGUGGAGCAGUGGAGCUGGGAACCCCAGGUGCAAGAUUGCAAUUGUUCUGGGAAGAACUAGAUCGGCCUCUGGAUCCAGGCACAGGCAACACAGCAUGAUUCUUGUUCCCAUGGACACACCCGGCGUACGAGUCAUCAGGCCUCUGGCCAUCUUUGGCUACAUGGAUAAUUUUCACGGAGGACAUUUUGAGAUCCAUUUUAAUCAAGUGAGAGUUCCUGCCUCCAAUUUAAUACUAGGUGAAGGCAAGGGAUUUGAAAUUUCCCAAGGCCGCCUGGGACCCGGGAGAAUCCAUCACUGUAUGAGAACAGUGGGCCUGGCGGAGCGCGCUCUGCAGAUCAUGUGUCAGCGGGCAGCCCAGAGGGUGGCCUUCAGGAAGAAGCUCUACGAACAUGAGGCGGUGGCUCACUGGAUUGCCGAAAGCCGCAUUGCCAUUGAGGAGAUCCGCCUGUUGACUCUGAAAGCCGCCCACUGCGUGGACACCGUAGGCAGUGCCAAAGCCAGGAAGGAGAUUGCAAUGAUCAAAGUGGCCGCUCCGCGGGCUGCCUGCAGAAUCGUGGACCAGGCCAUCCAGGUGUGCGGAGCUGCAGGCGUCUCCCAGGACUUCCCUCUGGCCAACAUGUAUGCAAUAACACGAACUCUGCGCUUGGCGGAUGGACCCGAUGAAGUCCACCUCUCAGCAAUUGCAAAAAUGGAGCUGCGUGACCAAGCCAGAGGGUUGGCAGCCAGGAUGUAGCGGGAGCAGAGUGGGCCUUCUACACGCCUCGCCAGCUCCGACAGCCGCGCCUUGUAUUUCUGCAGCAGGCUGAACUCAGGGUUAGUCACACAUUUGUAAAGAUUUUAGCAGCAGUGGAUUUUAUAAAUUUCAACAAGGACAAGGGCUUUUAA